CACCGCUCUGGCAGCUCCACCGUGCUGCCCGCUGCGCCGGCGCCCCCGAGGGACCCGCCGGGCGCCCUUGCGACGCAGCCGGUGCCGAGGGAGCUGCCCACGCCCGCGGAGGUCGAGCAGCGGCUGCUGCGGCUGCUGGAGGCGGCGACGAGCGGGGGGCCCGUCGGCGAGGCCUCGCUUUUGGCGGCGUACGGCUCCCCGCAGCUCUCCCCCACGGGCCAGCGGGCGCCCAGCAGCUGGCCCUGCUCGCCGUCCGGCAGCCAGCCAGGGGCUUGGCCCGAGCCCGCGGCCGCGCCGCACGCGGGCACGGCGCCCCCCGCGGCGGCGCCGGCCGAGGGCGGGGCCGGCACGGGGCCCGGGGCGCGGCAGCCGGGGGGGAGCCGCCCAGCGGCCUGCCGCGGGGAGCGGUUCUUCGAGGAUGCCCUCGGCGAGCCCGAGCCGCAGGGCGGUGGAGGGUUGAGGCGGGCGCUGUUCCAGGUGCAGACGCAGAGCCCUCGUGCCUGCCGUCGCACCAGCGCACACGCGAGCCCAUGCGCGCCAGGCGUUGCGGAAAAGGGCACGCGGCGGAGCUCGGUAGCCUCCCCUUGGCCCACGCCAGUGCACGGCGGCAGCCCGCAGGCCGCCGCCGGGGACAGGCGGAGCUUCUCACUGAAGGACGAGACGCCGUCGAGGAGGUGGAGCUCGGUGAGGCCGCCGUCCAAGUCUGCGCACCCCUCCCCCGAGGUCUUGAUAGAGCCGAGCUGCUCAGAGACAAUCUCGACGCGCGUGAAGCGGAUGCUGAGCGAGGACCACCUGAUCUCCGUGUUCAACCGCUUCAAGAAAGACGGGGAGGUACACAAAGACUCUUUGUCGUCCGCGCUGACCUUUCUCGGGUUCCACCCCGUGGUCGAGAGGAUCAACGAGGUGGCUGAGGAGGUCUCAAUCUACGCCACCGUGGACCUCCGCGAGUUCUGCAACAUCGUGCAGCUCUACUUGGAGAGGAGACUCAUCGACCAGAGGCUGGCCUUCCACGGCGCCGACGAGGACAGGUCGGGCAAGCUCGACAUGCAGGAAAUCUCCGCCUUGCUGCUACAGCUGGGCAUGAAGCCUAUGGAUUUUGUGAUCAAAGGGAUAUUCGAGGAGGUGGACGAGGACCGGGAUGGGGCAAUCGACGCUGAUGAGUUCGACGAGUUCUGGAGGAUCAUGGAGUCACGCGCGGGCUUUUGCAGGGUGGAGUACAACCGGCUAAUGGGCGCCUUCGACACCUUCGAUUGUGACCAUUCGGGCACGCUGGACCUGGAGGAGACCUCAAGGAUGCUGCACUACCUGAACUACACGCUCAGCUCGGAUGAGGCACAGGAUAUCUUUAGGAGCGUCGACGUGAGCAACUUGGGCCACCUCUGCAAGCACGAGUUCCUGCUCUUCAUGCGUAGGACCCGGGAGCACGAGGUGGGCAAAAUAUCCGAGUGCCUCGUCAAUGUCUUCGACUACACGAAGGAGAGGACCUUGACCAAGCUGCUGGUGACACUCGGCCACGUGCCAAACCGCAACGCCGUGAUAGAGUGCGCCGAGGAUGCGGGCAUCGACCUCACCGACGACACUGCCAGCUCCAACAGGGUAGACCACCGUGAGGCCACCGAGCUCGUCCCGCGAAGGGCUUUUGGCUCCAGAGCCCUUCGCCUGUCAUCAGUCUCUUUCCUGCUCCCGCGAGAGGCCCAAGAGCCCGAUGUUGGGCACGGCCUCGGAGCCACUCCACAGGAGCAAGCCGCGCAACAGCACCAGCAGGAUGAUGACCCAGACACGGAGCGUGCCUGCGCCGGCUGCCGCUCCGGCGCUGGAGGUCAGCGGCGGCGAGGCGUGGCUGUUCCUGGAGCUGUACCGCUCCCGCGAGGGCCUGACCCGCGAGGAGCGGCACGCGGACCAGGAGGCAUUCGCGCGCGCGAUGGGCGUCGAGGUUGA